UUUGAGGCUUUUAAUUAACACAUACACAUCUUUAAUUAAUUAGCACUGGUCGAUCAUCAUCAAUACUCAGUACCCACAACACAACAUACACUAGUACUACAUACUAGUUCAUAAUCUCACUCUCUCUCUCUAUAUAUAUUGGAACCCAGUAAGAGAGAGAGUGAGUGAGUACAAUAUUUAGAAAUGAAGUACAUGAAGGAAGUAGAAGGAAAAAGCAUCCAUGAUUGGAGAAUGAGGAGGAGAAGAAAGGAAAGUAUAUGGAUUCCGGGAGCAGUGAUAGUGGGAGGAGGGCCAUCAGGGGUGGCAGCUGCGGCAUGUCUGAAGCAGAAAGGUAUCCCAUCGGUGGUUCUUGAAAGGGCUCAUUGCUUGGCAUCAAUGUGGCAGCUCAAGACCUACGACCGCAUGCGCCUUCAUCUUCCUAAGCACUUGUGCCAGCUUCCUCUCAUGCCAUUCCCCUCCAACUUCCCCUCUUAUCCAACCAAACACCAGUUUGUUUCUUACCUCAAGGCCUACGCUGAUCAUUUCGACAUCAAGCCGUGCUUUGGAAAGACUGUGGUAAGUGCUGAGCUUGAUGACAGAAUUGGGCACUGGAGAGUGAAGACGGAGACACAAGACGAGUACGUCAGUAAGUGGCUCAUAGUGGCCAGCGGAGAGAACGCGGAGGAGGUGGUGCCUGAGGUCGAAGGGAUGGAUGAGUUUGCAGGGCCCAUAAUUCACACAAGCUCGUAUAAGAGCGGAGCCAUGUUCAGUGGGAAUAAUGUUUUGGUGGUUGGUUGUGGAAACUCCGGAAUGGAGGUUUGUUUGGAUCUAUGCGAACAUAAUGCUCGCCCAUCCCUUGUCGUUAGAGAUUCGGUGCAUAUCUUGCCGCAGCAGAUGUUUGGGAGAUCAACAUUUGGAGUGUCCAUGGGGUUACUGAAAUGGUUCCCAAUAAACGUUGUGGAUAAGUUCUUGCUUGUAAUGUCGCACAUCAUGCUUGGGGACACUGCCCGAUUCGGACUUCAACGUCCCAAACUUGGCCCUCUGCAGCUCAAGAACUUAUGUGGAAAGACACCAGUCUUGGAUGUUGGAACACUUGCUCACAUCAAAUCUCGAAAAAUUAAGGUUUGCCGUGGAAUCAAACGACUAACACGCCAUGCGGUGGAGUUCGUUGAUGGCAAAAUAGAGAAUUUUGACGCCAUUAUUCUCGCAACGGGAUACAAAAGCAACGUACCCUUAUGGUUAAAGGGAAGCGACAUGUUUUGUGAGAAAGAUGGGUUUCCGAGGAAGCCAUUCCCAAAUGGAUGGAAAGGUGAAAAUGGACUUUAUGCCGUGGGUUUCACCAAACGUGGCCUUCUUGGUGCAUCCAUUGACGCUAUCAGAAUUGCACAGGAUAUUGCACAUUCCUGGAAAAAAGAAGGAUAUUGUACCCUCCCAAUUCCAUGAUUAAUCUUGAAUGUUUCAGGCUCGGCUAGCUAGCAAGACAAAAAAAAUGUAUAUAUAUAUUCCCACUUUCUAUUUAUACAAAAUUAAAUAUACAGUUUUGUCUCCGUAUACUAUAGUCCAAUCUCAACGUAUACCGUAACUGCAGGCGCAGAAGAAAAGAAAAAGGCACAAAUAAAAUGCGUGCGCCACAGAUCAGAUCCCUCUGUACGUUGAUCCAUUCAAGAAAACAUUGAUUAGGGUUAAGUUAAUUACUAUUUACGUACUCUUAAUUUAGUGGGUUGAGAUUAAAUUAAAUUAAGUCGGUGCUUAAUGAACAUAUUACAAUCAGUAGUUAGCUAUUAGCUUGAAUUGCAUACAUGUACAUUAUGAUUGUCAUAUCUACCUACCUGCUAGCUACUAACUA